AGACUAUUGACUUAAAACAGAUAAUACAAAUCUGUAAUUUGGGUUUUACAAGAUGGCCAGCUGCAGUUUUCAGUCGCAGUUGGUAUCGAUUAUGGAGGUAUUAGCUAAAGCAGCUGUAGCAGAAAUAAACAAACGUGUAGAUGAUAGCUGUGCUGUUAUACGUUUGGAAAUGACCCAAAGCCAGCGAGAUAUUGAUGUACUGAAACGGAAGUGGCAAAUGAUGGAGAUCGAGCUGAAGAAGACACGAGGGCGAGAUAGGAGAAAAGUUCUUUACCCCAUGUCAACAGAGAGAUUGUCAUAUCCAGGCAAGAUUGUUUUGAACAAGGAAAGGAGUAACUCACAGUGGAGAGGCAGAGAGGACUCUCCGUGCCAGCCUAUAGAUGUGGAGCAGAGAGUGGAGACUGAACCCAUACUGAUCAAAGAUGAGGAGACAGCAGAGGAUGUGUGGAAGACUGACCCUCAGGAAGAGCUCAGGAUCACUGGAGAGGAGUCUGGUUCCAAGCCUGGGAAACCACCAUCAUUUGCGCAACGGCACUGGGAUGAAGACUUCAUCACACAACCCAACAUAUCUUCCGAAGACUCAGUAAAACAUUACCCCAAUUCUGAUCGUUCAAAGGAACCAGGAACACCCCGGCACGCAUCUACGGAGGUGUUCAGCACAGAGCAGCACCGGCCGGACGAGGACUCACUAGACCUAGUGAUGGUGAAAGAGGAGGAGCUGGAUCAGACCACGACCGUGGCAGGACCUGACCAGUUUGUCAUGGAUGAGUCUGAUGGGCAGCUGUGGACCUCUGUGGGUCCAGGCAGAGACACUGACCCUGAUGGCCACCCAGAUUUCUCCUUUCAUUCCACAGAAGAGUACUCUCAGAAUAUCUCAAUGGUCCCAUCUCAUAAUGGGCUGUCAUCUGUUCCUACUAUGACAGAUAAUGUAGGGCCAUCACUUCACUCUUCAAUAGGAAAACCACAUGCUAACAUGUUCAGUGCAGAAAAACACAUGAAAAGACAUGUCAGGACAUUGGCUGAUGAGACUAGACAACAGAUGCCAGAGGGACAGAGCAGUGAGAUGCUGAAUUCAAGUAAAGAAGGAAAUAGUUUAGCUCUACAGUCAAGACAGCAUCAAUACAGGGCUUCAGAAGCAACAGUGAGAUUGAGUGAGUGCAUGACAGGGUCAAACAUGGCCACCACCUCCACCUUCUCUGGAUACAGCCUGAGUCGCAGUAGUUGUAACAUGGUGAAGAGAAUGAGGACUCAGUGGAGGUCGGGCAGCACCACCGAGAGGCGUUUCAGCUGCACCUUCUGUGGGAAGAGCUUCCCGCGUUUCUGGCAGCUAAAAGAACACCUCCGAAGUCACACCGGCGAGAAACCGUACACCUGUGAACAGUGUGGCAGGAGUUUUACCAAGCAGUGCAACCUGAUCAGACAUGCUGUGGUCCACAGUGGGGAGAAGCCCUACAAGUGCACACAGUGUGGGAAAUGCUUCACCCAGCGCUCCGGUAUGAAGUCACAUCAGAGAACUCACAUAGGAGAAAGUCCAGUAACUCCAUACGUGGCACCUGCAUACCCUGGGGAUCGACACACAAGUUUAAUGUAGUCUCAGAACAGAUGGAACAAAUAGUUAAUAAUUACAUAGUUUUUCUGGAACUUUGUUUUGAGACAUUUUGACAAGCUUUUCCUCCUAAUUGGUUUUGAUGUUUGACUGUUGCCGGCUCGUCACUUUUAUUUUAAACAACUAAUUUACAACUGGUAACAAUGUAUGUUGUACUACAAAAUCGUAAAAAAAAACAUGUUAUUUUCAAUAAAAUGUAUUUAAGGAAAGAGUCAAUCUGUGCGAUUAGAUGAAUAAUAUGUAGGAUCCAUUUAGUCUGUAUUGUCUAGGUAGUGUCUGACUAUCUGGGAUGUCACGUCUUGCCACAAGGGACAGUCUCAUAUCAGGUCAUGUUAAUAACUCAAUUCCACUUCAUUUUCAGUUAGGUUUGGAAAUUACUCUGCUGCC